AUGGUGUCCCUCCGCUCCCUCCUCGGUCCAUCGACCGCCGCCCUCCGCCAAUUUCUUCCCCGACACAACAGCACCCUCCGCGCCCUGUCCCGGCCAUUCUCGCAAUUAUCGCAACUCACAAUUAACAAUGGUCUGAGUUUUCUGCGGUCGAAAUCCGUUAUGCCCGGCGUUGGUGCUUCUGCUGUUAGGCAGGUGGAGCAGGUGAGGGGGAUGAAGACGAGGUCGUCCGUGAAGCGGUUGUGUGAGGGGUGCAAGCGGGUUGUUUUGGAGGGCAUUAGGCUAAUGGGUGCGUUUGGGAAUAUAGCCUGUGCGGAGAAAGAACCGGGUUUACAUUAUCUGCUCGAAGAACCCGAAACACAAGCAGCGUCAAGGGAAAUAGGUGCAGGUGGUGAUGGAAGAGAACGGAAGGAAGAUACCCACCGAUUCGACCAUGAGAUGAGGGCUUCGCUCGGGAUCCCUUGCGAGAGCGAGGAUUCUACUAUCACAAUGAAGCCACCGGGUUACCAUCUCAGGCUCCCGAGUUAA